AUGACUCAUUUGCAGGCAGGUCUGUCCCCAGAGACCCUGGAGAAGGCCCGAUUGGAACUGAAUGAGAACCCAGACACUCUGCACCAGGACAUCCAAGAAGUUCGGGACAUGGUGAUUACCCGACCGGACAUUGGCUUUCUACGCACAGAUGAUGCCUUUAUUCUUCGCUUCUUGCGGGCCAGAAAGUUCCAGCAUUUUGAAGCGUUUCGCUUGUUGGCCCAAUACUUUGAAUAUCGUCAGCAGAACCUUGAUAUGUUCAAGAGCUUCAAAGCCACUGAUCCAGGCAUCAAGCAAGCACUCAAGGAUGGCUUCCCAGGAGGGUUGGCCAACCUUGAUCAUUAUGGCAGGAAGAUCCUGGUGCUGUUUGCUGCCAACUGGGACCAAAGCAGAUACACACUGGUGGAUAUUUUACGUGCCAUCCUUCUUUCAUUAGAAGCUAUGAUCGAGGACCCAGAACUUCAAGUAAAUGGAUUUGUUUUGAUUAUAGACUGGAGUAAUUUCACUUUCAAACAGGCUUCUAAGCUGACACCAAGUAUGCUUCGAUUAGCCAUAGAAGGCCUUCAGGACAGUUUCCCAGCACGAUUUGGAGGAAUUCAUUUUGUCAAUCAGCCAUGGUACAUCCAUGCCCUUUAUACUGUCAUACGCCCAUUUUUAAAGGAGAAGACAAGGAAGAGGAUAUUUCUCCAUGGAAACAACCUAAACAGUCUGCACCAGUUGAUUCAUCCUGAAAUUCUCCCUUCUGAAUUCGGAGGAAUGCUUCCACCUUAUGACAUGGGCACAUGGGCAAGAACGCUGCUCGACCAUGAGUAUGAUGAUGACAGUGAAUAUAGUGUGGACUCCUAUAACACGUCUGCAAAAGAAGUUGAAAAGGAACUCUCACCCAAAUCCAUGAAGAGGUCUCAAUCUGUGGUAGACCCCGGAGUGCUCAAGCGCAUGGAUAAAAACGAAGAAGAAAACAUGCAGCCCUUGCUUUCGCUUGACUAG